CCCCACAUCAAAGCACAAAAAAACAAGUUUGUGGAAACAUCAAAGAUACUAGAAUCAAAGAUUUCUUUGCUCUAUGCUGGGAUAACCAACAUUCAGCAAGCACGGACUGCAGAUUCAUUCAGUAAUUGAAAUUGUUACCAAACAUGCUUGAUGCUUUGAAACAGUCUGUGAAUUUAACUACUCAAUGGAUGUUAGAUGAAACGUAUCUGUGGUAUUUUUGGCUUCGUGACACGGUUGUGAAAAUAACAUUUGUUGUGUCCAUAAUAGCAUUGUUGUUUUGGAUCUCAACAUUUUUCUAUGGGAGUUUUUAUUAUGCAUACAUGCCAACUGCAAUCCAUUCAAGGCCUGUAUAUUUUAACUUUAGUCCAUGUGAGCGAUAUCAUGGAUCUGAGGAGUGCUAUUUUCCAUAUGCAAACCUGACAUUUGUGACAAAACCUUACACACAACAGUUUCUAAUGCGAGGUCAGAGUUACAAUAUCUUUCUACAGAUGGAUGUCCCCCAAUCUCCAACCAAUGAAAAUCUUGGAAUGUUUAUGAUAAAGCUGGAGUUGUUUGCUAGUGGUGGCAAAAUUGUAGAAAAGUCAGCCCGACCUGCAUUAAUCAAGUACAGAUCUCCACUGCUGAAGUACAUUGAGGUGCUGUUUCUUUCGCCAUUCUUAAUGACUGGCUAUAAAAAUGAAAAAGAGGGUUUAACUGUUGAGCUAUUUGAUAACUUUAUAGAUAAUGCGUACCACCCUAUUGUUGGAGCAAAUUUGAUGAUACAAGCUCGUCGGAUUGAAAUGUACACUGCAUCCUUGGAAGUUUAUGCUCGCUUCAGCGGCCUCAGGUACUUCAUGUUCUUCUGGCCAAUCAGCUCUGCAUUCUUUGGUAUUGUUGGUUUCUUCACUUUGCUCUCUUUCAUCACAGCACUGUCGUGGUAUAGGUGCAUUGGGUUAAUAUCAAAAAACACUCAAUCCCUCAUCCAGGCUUCAGGACAUGGUAAUAACCCAGCCCAGAGCAGGUAUGAUGCCCGUGUUCAGCAGGCGCAGAGAACAGUUGAGCAAGAACGAUUGGCUCUGGCAAGAUCUAGGCCUGCAUACACUACUGUCCUGGAUUCCUCACUCACUGGUGUUACUCCACCAGUGGGUAGGGUGUCUGGACAACCACAUACUUCACAAACAUCAGAACAGAGUGCAUCAGCAUCGUCUUAUGAAAACAUAGAAAAUGAAGGUCCUUUAACUGCAUCCAUAAGAGCUAGGAAUCGGCCUAAUGUAGAGACACUUCUUCAAGCUGGUGGUAAUUCCGAUGUUCCUGUAACUGAAAAUAAAUCCACUGAAGGUUCACCAAGUGAUAGCAGUGGCAGUAGUGAUAGCUUUGUCAGAGUAGGAGAGGAGCUACUCCAAGAUGUAGACUCUGCUACUCCUCACAGCAGCUCUGAGGAACAACUGCUAAAAGAUGCAGAGGAAACAGAGACUACUGUCAGACGUCGAAAUGUCAAUGAUCAAUUAUGUUGCCAUGAGUAAUUUAAAUCCAGACUACCUGAAUAAUUUCAGUAUUAAAAACCAAAAAAAUGAAGAGUCUAAUAAUUUAUCGUGCAUUAUGAUCUGAAUUUUAAUUUUUAUUGAGAGGAUAGUUUAAAUAUACAGUAUAUUUAAUGAGUUGUUUUGGACAUAAAUUACUGAAUAUCGGUAAUCUGAGGGUACCAUUUCUAGUUGUUUACAUAAACCUACAGAUGGGACUGAAGUAAAUGAAUAACUCGCAGCUUUAAUUGGCAUGUGAUUAUAUUUGUUCCCAUUAAAAGUUGGAACCCCUGCUGUCAUGUAUCUUAUUAAUACGAUUAUACAUUUGGUAAGUUAUAAAUAUCUCAAAUAGUUUUGCUAAGAUUAUUUUUUUUAAUGUUAAUACUGUACUGUAUAAUUAGUUUUUACAAGAUUUUGAAUUAUUUGUUAAAAUAUCAGUCUAUUUCUAUAAACAGAAACAAUAAACUUUUUGUUAACAUACAUCUUUUAUUCAAGACCACAUUUUCAUGUACCAACUAACAAGCUUACCUUUUUAACAGGAGACAAAAACCCAAGACCACCACAACUUAAGCAGACCCCAAACAUGGUCUUGAAUAGGAGGAGGGCAAACUAUUUGUAAUGUAUUGAUGGCCAUUGGUAAAUGCAUUUUAAAUAAACAAUAUACUGUAGUAUAUUUCUCUAUUCAAGAUAAGCUGCAGUUCAAUGCCAGUUCCAAAUGCAUUCUAGCCUGCAAAGCAUGAUGCAGGUGGAAAUUUGGAGUAAAAAUAUAAUCCGGUUCGGAGUGUUUUGAACUUGCUGAUUACAAAUUUGACAUUAAUGACAGCCUCGUCAUGGCAUUAUGUUUUUAAAAUACAGUAAUAUGAAAUGCUACAAAAAUUGAAAUUUUAAUUUAAAAAAAAAAUGUUCUAAUAAUAGGACAAAAAAAACAACAGUUUGUUGCAUCCAAUUUAUUUAUUUUAUGUCUUUCUGAUUCAUUAUGCAAGUAUUUUAAAUGUUAAUAUAUGUUACACACGAGAAAAAAGUCAUCAUAGAAGUUGUUAUGUAAAUCUAUUAGGCUGGUGUAAGACUAAAAAGAUCUUCAUGUUGAAAAAUUGCCUGGUUUCAAAUCCUGUGUAACAAUUUGCAUUGAAAAUUGUUCAAACAUGAGCCAGAAAAAGAAAUCUAAACAUAACAUCCGUGUACUUCAAAAUUGCUGAUAAACUCUGCAUAGGAGUGCUAUUUAAUGCAAUAUAUGUUAUAUAAAAUGUAUGUGUAACGUACUGUAGAUGUAAUAAAAUAUAUUUACGGAGACUUGUGAAACUUUUGCUGUACCCAUUCUACAUUGAGCACUAUUGCUCAAUGUAGAAUUGACAUCCAAGUGUGUUCUGAAUAUAUAUAAAAAAUGUAACAUUAUUGAAUACUCAGAAACACAAUAAAUUCUAUUGUUUAUAAAGUAAAAAUUAUAACAAAUAUUUUGACUUUCUGUAGUAUUCGUUAAUUUUAUGUCAAGCAUUGACAAAAACUAUAGGAGUCGUUGACAUAUUUGUUAGGAUACAUUCUAUUGAUAGUAUAAUUUAUUCUGAGUAUUUAUUACCGUUACAUUUCAUAUAUGAUUAUAUAAUAGAAUCUGAUGUAGUUGUUUCACGUGUCUCACAGAAAUAUAUAAAUACAUAUGAUACAAAAAUGAAAUGAUUGCAUACAUUGAUUAAUAGACUUUAGUUUUGUCUUAUACAUCAGCUUAUUGUAAUUGUUCAUAAAAUGAAUUUUUGUAAUUGUUUCUUGUGUAAACCGAUAAUAUAUGGCAGCUCUUUGUAGCAAAUAAAUAUUGCAAUGCUUCACUUCAUUUCGUUCCAGUGUUAUUUCCAACCAUAACAGAGUUUGUGGCAUAUGUCAACGACAUAUUAGAAUUUCACUUCAGAUAACUGCAAUAUCCUUGUUGGUUGUGUGUGAUUUUAUUAACAUGAAUUUCUUAUCUGCUACUACAUGGACUAUUAUUGAAUUAAAUUAUACAUAAUACUGUAUAACAUAUACAC